AUAGCUAAAUAUGAAGAUUGUAUUGCCAAAACACAUGCCGCUUUGGACAUGAAUAUCCAAGAUUUGGAGAUAUAUGAUGAUUCAACACUAAUCAUCUGUCAAACAAAUGGUAAUUGGCAAACUAAAGAUCCAAAACUUAUUCCUUACCACAAUACCUUCAAACUCUCAUUAAAAAAUUAAAAUUCAUCUUUUUAAAACACAUGCCCCGUGCCAAGAACCAAUUUGCGAAUGCUUUGGCUACUUUAGCCUCAAUGAUCCAAAUAUCCAAUGAUGACACAAUCAAGCCUUUGAUGAUUGUGAUCAACCAAGAACUGGCACACUACAUGGAGAUCAAGGUUGAUGAUAAACCAUGGUUUCAUGAUAUUAAGCAAUUCUUACAACAUGGGGAAUAUACUCCUCAUGCUUUUGAGGUGAACAAGACAAAGAGAAAAUUGGCCACUUCAUAUUUCUUAAGUGGAAGUACACUUUAUAAGCAUUUUGCUGAUAUAACCUUGUUGAGAUGUGUUGAUGAAGCAGAGGCAAAAUGAGUCAUGAUAGAGAUGCAUGAAUGGAUAUGUGGAACACAUGCUAAUGGAAAAAAGUUUGCUAGGAAGAUUCUUCAAGCCAAGUAUUACUUGUUAACUAUAGAACAUGAUUGCAUCAAGUGUUCACAAGCUUGUCAUAAAUGCCAAAUUUAUGU